AUGGGAAGUGCAUUGGACACUUUAUGUGGGCUAUCAUAUGGCACAAAGCAGUAUCAUAUGCUUGGUAUCCAUAUGCAAAGGGCAAUGUUUGUUCUUUUACUGGUCAGUGUUCCACUUACCUUCAUUUGGGCUAAUGCAGAACACAUUCUUGUAUUAUUGGGACAAGAUAUGGAAAUAGCAGCCGAAGCAGGAAGUUAUGCGCGCUUUAUGAUUCCAACUAUCUUCGCGUACGGGCUUCUCCAGUGUCAAAUUAGAUUUCUGCAAGCCCAAAACAUUGUGCUACCUAUGAUGCUCAGUACCGGAAUAACUACUUUGCUGCAUUUAUUCAGUUGUUGGAUUCUGGUAUUUAAAUCUGGCCUAGGCAACAAAGGCGCUGCUUUGGCUAACGCGAUAACCUACUGGAUUAAUUUCUUGUUGCCAGCUGUAUAUGUCAGAAUAUCGCCUUCUUGCAAAAGCACUUGGACCGGAUUUUCAAAUGAAGCAUUUCAAGAUACUUGGAAAUAUAUAAGACUUGCCAUUCCUUCAGCUGCUAUGUUCUGGUAG